AUCUGCGUCUCGCUCGUCGCGUGAGUGCGUGUGUGCGUGUGUGCAGUGUGUGACCGCUGAGAUCCGCGCUGCGUACGCUUGCUUCGAUCGAGAGGCGGUGGAGUGAUCCGGGCGAUCUUCGCCGAUUUCCGAUAAGUCGCGUCGACAACCCGUCGGCAGGAUGGGCCGCAAGAAGAAGAAGCAGUCGAGACCCUGGUGCUGGUAUUGCAACCGCGAGUUCGAGGAUGAAAAGAUCCUGAUUCAACAUCAGAAGGCGAAGCACUUCAAGUGUCACAUUUGCCACAAGAAACUAUAUACGGGACCAGGACUCAGCAUACAUUGUAUGCAGGUACACAAGGAGGCGAUAGACAAGGUACCCAAUUCGUUGCCGAAUCGCAGCAACAUCGAGAUAGAGAUUUACGGUAUGGAAGGCAUACCGCCUAACGAUGCAAAGGAGCAUGAAAGGCAGCGGAACGGCGGUAGGCCCGGCUCACCAUCAUCUGGCGAGGACGAACCGGUGCAGAAAAAAGCAAAGCCUGAAGGGCUGCUGGGGACCGCACCAGGCGCGAUGUCCGGUCUGGCAGCUGGCCUUCCCGGCGGUAUGCCACCGCAGCACGGUAUGCCACCGCUGCCCGGUAUGCCACCGCAUCACGGAAUGGCGCCACAUCCUGGCAUGCCGCCGCAUCCUGGCAUGCCUCCCAUGCACCCGAUGAUGCAGAUGGGCCACGUGGGUCCCCCAUUUAUGGGCCCAGGCAUGAUGCCAGGUAUGCCAGGCAUGCCUUCCGGUAUGCAACCACCAGUUUCGGGAGCGUCAAUUCCACCGGCACGUCCGUUGUUCCCGAGCGCCGCUGCCGUAGCAGUUUCCACGGCGGCGGCGGUGGCGGCGGCCUCGACCGUGCCAUCGGUCACUGGGUCCGCGCCCCUAGGUACUGACUUCAAACCGAUCACAUCGAUGGCCGGCAGCGGCGGUUCCAUUGGACCGGUCAAGCCGACAUUCCCCGCUUACAGCAGCGCCGGUGAAGUCACCGCAGCUGGUAACAAUCUUGCCGGCGAGCAAAAGGUGAAUCUUAUCGCGACUACUGGCGCCGCCAGUAAGAUCAUACAUCCGCCGGAAGAUCUCAGUCUUGAAGAGAUUAGAGCCAGACUACCGAAAUAUCAGCGUCGACAGACUGACGAGUCUGGACGGUCGACGGCACAGUCGGAAGCUGCGGCUGCUGCCGCUGCUGCUGUUGCGGCGAGCCAGCAACAGCAGGCUGCCGCGCUGCAGCAAGCAGCGGCUCAACAGCAGCAGCAAGCGGUACAGCAGCAGCAACAACAACAGCAGCAGCAGGCGCAGCAGCAGCAGCAGGCAGCCGCCGCGAACGUGGCGGCGGCUGCGUUUCAGGCGGAUCAACAGCAACGACAGCAGCAGGCGGCCGCGUUGAACGCGCUGCAGCAACAACAGCAGAGGUUCCCGCGGCCUCCUCAGGCGGUCAUGGUGCCGGCCUCGGCCGCGGCGAUGCCGGUCAGUUCGGUGGCACUUAUGGCACCCCUAAUGCGACCCACCAUGACCUUAGCCGCGCCUGCUCUCAUUCAUGGAGGUAACAUGAUGCGACCGCCCCCCAUGGGCCUGCCACCAGGCAUGAUAGGGGCUCUACCACCAGGUACGAUGCAUCCGGCCUUCGCCGCCGCGCCCAUGGGCUUUCCUGGGGCACCGAUGCUAGCACCGAUGAUGCACCCGCGCUUCAGAUGAUCGCCCCCCAUGGACGGGCCCAAUCCCCCGCCGCUGCACUUCGUGCUGUGGGCCCGCCCCUAAUUCUCGCUGGGGUGAGACCUGACCGAGGAGGAGAGACGAACAUAGAGACACAUUACACAGACGAGAAAGGGAGAGAGAGAAAGAAAGAGAGAGAGAGAGAGGGAGAGAGUGACGAUAAUGAAAGAAAGGGAGAGAAAGAGAAAGAGGGGGAUAUAAAUCGCGCGGUGAAAUUCGUAUCUAUCGAUUUGCUCCCACGACUCACGACUUUCUUUUCUUUAAUCAUAUCGUUAAGGAACUCAUAGACGAAACGACACAUGGACAGAGAGAGAGAAAGAGGGAGUGAAAGAGGGAAUGAAAGAGAGAGAGAGAGAGAGAGGGAGGGAAAGCGAGAGACAUACACACACGAACGUACACCACAUCAUCGGUGCCCAAGAGGAUCCUCUCGAAGAAAUCGGACGCGCGCUGGAAACGGUCGGCUUUUCCUUCUUCAGCUUCUUCAGCUUCUUCUUCUUCUUCGCGCCGCUACGAAAAUGAAACGGAAAAAAAUCACCAAAAAAAAGGAAACGAAAGUGCAAAGUACGGACACUACGGAAACGCUAAUUUGUUCUCGUCGACUCUGCGAGUGUGCGUGCGCCGGGCUGCGUUGGUCGUAUGCCAGGUGAGCCAACAACAACCAUGAGCAAAUUUCGCCGCCUUUUCUACGGGAAUGGAAAGAAACUCUGACAUACACAUGUCGCACUGUUCAGUAAAACAGCGAUCGUUCGUCGAAUCAAAUUCGCCCCGCGCGGUUACCAAAAUAACGCCGAUGCGAAUUGAUUGUCCACCGAUCGAUCGAUCACGUUCCGUUCACGUGUUUCGGAUAUCAUCGUCGUUACGCGUGUCUAACAUCCGUCGACAUAAAAUUCCUCGUUCUCGUCGCGACGACAUGGUACGCAACGUUUCUCCCGGUCGAUCUCCAGUGAUCGGUUGCGAAAAGAUUGGCCGAAACGAUGACGAUGACGAUGACGGUUUGUUGCGAGUCGUUAAUUUGCGAAAUUCGCUUUGGACAUCCAAAACGGAUCCCGCAAAUGACAGAUUUCCGACUCGCCACGUCCCGCAAUGAAUUUGUCAUUUGUUUCUUUUGCGAGGUAAAUCGCGAUGCCGCAAGAUCUCCUUGAACGGUAAAGAUAAUGGGACGAACGUGUGCCCCUCUUGGACAGACUUCCCUUUCGCGUAGUAGACCGUUUCCAUCACGCGCCGUUCCCCUCAGCCUCUGUGCACCUGCAGUGUCCUCUUGGAGAGACGCGAUCGCGGACAAGGUGACGCUUCACGCUGCAGCUGGAUGAUGGUUUACUCGAGACGAGACAAAACGGUACUUCUCAAGAUCUAAGGGAACGCUCUGGAAAUUAUUUUGAAGAUCGUGAGGAUUGAAGAAAUAAUAUACAAGCAUUGUCUUACUUUUCUAACAAAAAAAAUUAAUAAAUUUAGUUAAGCGCAUCUAAGCAGAUGUUUACUGAUAACUGAUAGUCUUCAAUAAUAGCAUCCGGGAAAAAUCAGUUUUACCUGAAAUUUCUUAUGAAACUUUAUUAAGACCUGAUGAUACUCAAAAACAUUAAAGCUUUUCAAAAGUUUUACAUCUUGAUUAAUUUUUUAAUCUAUGAUAAGAUCCAUUUGGAUUUUAUUAUAUAUUAACAAUUAGAUCUUUAAUUAUAGUCAAUUAUUAUGUCUAUAUGUUUAUUUCUUUUUUUGUUAACUUAAUUUUUCUCUGGAAAAACAAACAAAUUUUUCCGUUCAGGGAAACAACAUAAAAUAAAAAUAGACAUGCCAGAAAAUCAAGUUUAAUUUGAAAGAUUCGUUACUAAUAUAAAUCUAAAUAGUUUAAAACAAAUUCGUCAGCUGCAGCGUGAAGAUCCGGUCGCCUCAGGUUAGUCAGUCGCAAUUUUUAUUUUGUUAACACUCCGAGCCGAGUCGAUACACUCUUGCGACCGCGUAGCAAGAUUAAUUCACAACAGUUUCAACAUUAAUGAGAAUUCGUCAAUCAACAAUCUUUGAAAUCUAUCUAAGAUUUCCGAACGACCAAGUAAUCUCGAUUUGAAUAACAGAAUAAUUUCAAUCACCUAUGUAAUUUAACACUGAUACGAAAAACUAAUUUCAAGAAACUUUAAAUUUUACAUUCGGUAGAAUAAUUAUAGCUAAAGUAAUAAAUCUGACAAAAAUGGAAAGUUCGAGUACAAAUGGUAUUUUUUGGGUAAAUUUAGUUCGCGGGAAUGAUCGACUCGGCUCAAAGCAGCCCCCUUUUUCCUUUUGCCGAAGGAACAAUGUUGGCGACGCAUGAGUGAGUGGUAAGUACGGAGGGUGCUUACGGAAUUGAACACCAGCUCUCUACACUCGACUCACGCCGUUUUCUUCACUCUUCCUUUUACUACGUGUCUCGCCGAGUUCCUGCGCCGAUCGUAGAGCACUCCUCGUCCGUUUUACAAGCGGAAGAGUUUCAUUUCGCGGUCUGUUCCACCGCCAGUUCCCUCCUGCGUCUGCUUUAAUCUUUCUUGCCUCUAUUUUAUUUUCUUUCUGUUUUUUUUUUUCCUUUUCUGUAAAGUAGAUAUUUUUAUUCGAUAAAUUUUGUGGUUUGUGAUAAACUUUUCGUGUAGCUUCACAUAGCAAUUAGCUCCACGAUCGGACGCGCUCGAUUUCUCUUCGACCUCUUUGCGUAAAACUCAGCGAACUCUUUCUUCGGGUAAGACUCGAUCUUUCCUGAACUCCUCUCGUCCAGCUGCCAUCCUUCUACCCUUCUGUCUACCAAAGCUCCUCCCAGUCAAUCAGUCUCUACUCUCAGGGUGUCUAUUAACUUGUCUAUCUUUUUUUAUGUCACGUUUAUGUUGUCGAUACUACCCAAUGUGUACACUGUUCCUACAAGAUAGUCCGUAAGAUUAUCCCGAUCUUUGCUGCAGUCAAUCUUAGUAGAGAAUAAUCGAAUCGAUUGUCAUGUGAACGUAAUGUGUUACGAGAGUAAUUAGAACCGCGAUAAAUCGCGGUUUGGUUUUCAAUUGAGUUCACCUGUAGCUUAAUGGAUCUCGUUUGCCUAAUAGAGUUAUUUCAAUAACUUUAUCUUAAUGGAAAUUUCCUUUCGAAAAGAGAAAAAUUCUUUGUUUCGUUUCUCGAAGAUUAGAAGAUCGAACUUUAGUCGAGAUUAAAAUAAUAUUAAUAAAAUAGACUUCCCAGCCAGUUUUUUCGCCGAUCUCAGUCUGAAAUUCACGAAAGUGAAAACGCCUAGAUGAAAUGUAGGUCGAUUCGAGAUUGCAAUUAAAUUUGCAACGUUGUUUGCGCGCCGUUGAUUACUCGUGAUUCGCAUAAAGUAGCAUAAAGAGCACUCCCUUUAUAAUGUAUGAUCAUGGUUUUCUCCUAUUGAAUAAUCACGUGUUGUUAUUCUUAGUAGACACCCUGUUACUGAUUUCCAUUCGAUUAUCACUGCUCUGAUCACUACCACUUGUAUUACCACCACCAUCUGAUACCACUAUCGAUAUCACCAUUUCCUUGACGAAAAAAAGAGACAGAAAAAGAAAAAACUGAAAGCGCGCCGUACAACACGUGUACGUACCCUAGAUGAUCUACGUAUCGUUAUUACAGUCCUUUAUUUUUUUCAAGGGUUGUCUUUCCGAAUCUCCCCCCCCCCCCUCCCCGCUCGCUCGUCCGCGAAUCGGCGAAUACAGUUGUUACACUUUUUUCUCUCGCGAAAUACGGCGCCCUCGGUUCUCAUUUAGGCCACCACCCCCUCGCAAAUCGGUGUGGAGGAUCUUCUCGAUUGCUUGAUUUGAUCCUCUACGCAAUCGAGUGCCUGAUCAGAUUACAUCGAAAACGCAAUGAGGCUUUCCGCGAACGAAACAUGAUCUUAUCGUUUCGUUUUAUUGCCCGUAACAUACUCGUAAUAUAUUUACAUAAAACGGUAAAUCCGUAAAUCGAUUCCGCCAUAUUUACCAAAGGGGCAAUCGAUCGCACGAUCUUUUCCCGGGAACGUAGGAGAAAGUAACUUUUAACAUUGAAAAGAAGAGAUAGAGAAUACAAAAAGUGAUAGAGUUUAUUAUAUUCUAAGAAAGAGAGAGAGAGAGAGAAGAAAUUGAUCGACAAUCGCGCGAUCGGAACUCCGGCGGUGUUCUCUUUUCUUUUUCUUUUUUUUUUAAUUUUCUUUAAACCUUCGUGACAAGAGAAAAGUGCGCAUUCACGCGGAGCCUCGCACUCGACGAUUCGGCAGGACAAUCUAACGGCAGAAUUUGGAGAUGUAGAACUUCUGUUAUUUAUUGAGUGUCAUAUUAUCGACUUGUUCCGAAUAAAGACGUUCUGUGGAAAGCUCGAAA